ACAUCUCAGAUUAAUUUUUUUAUUUUUUUUGUGUGUGGAGAAAAUGACACAAAAACCAGAGUGAGAGAGUCCACAUCUCAGAUUUUUUUUUUUCUUUAAAUGCUUCGUCUACGGUUCUCAUCUUACCGUUCCUCAUACUAAGCAAGGGAAACUUUAGUUCUCUCAAUAUGUCGGACCUUGAGGCCCCCUUGCGUCCAAAGAGGAAGAAGAUCUGGGUGGACUACUUUGUUCAAUUUCGAUGGAUUAUUGUUAUAUUUGUAGUCCUCCCAAUCUCUUGCACUCUUUACUUCUUGACAUAUCUGGGAGAUGUUAGAUCAGAGAGAAAGUCCUACAAGCAGCGCCAGAAGGAACAUGAUGAAAAUGUCCAGAAAGUUGUAAAACGUCUUAAACAGAGGAAUCCAUCAAAGGAUGGUCUUGUCUGCACAGCACGUAAACCCUGGAUUGCUGUUGGGAUGCGAAAUGUUGACUACAAACGUGCUCGACACUUUGAGGUUGAUUUAUCUGCCUUCCGUAAUGUCCUUGAAAUUGACAAGGAUAGGAUGAUUGCGAGAGUUGAGCCCUUAGUUAACAUGGGGCAGAUUUCUAGGGUGACAGUUCCCAUGAAUCUUUCCCUUGCUGUGGUUGCUGAGCUUGAUGACCUUACUGUUGGUGGCCUCAUCAAUGGCUAUGGGAUUGAAGGAAGCUCUCACAUUUAUGGCCUAUUCUCCGACACUGUUGUAGCUUAUGAGAUUGUUCUAGCAGAUGGUCGCGUUGUUAGAGCCACCAAGGAUAAUGAGUACUCUGACCUUUUCUAUGCUAUUCCAUGGUCUCAGGGAACACUGGGACUUCUUGUGUCUGCCGAGAUCAAACUUAUCCCCAUCAAAGAAUACAUGAGGUUGACAUACAAACCUGUGAUUGGUAACAUUCAAGCUCUGGCACAGGCAUAUGUGGAUUCUUUUGCACCCAGAGAUGGUGAUCAGGAUAACCCUGACAAGGUUCCAGACUUUGUUGAGACCAUGAUUUAUUCUCCGAGAGAGGGUGUGUGCAUGACUGGUGUAUAUGCAUCCAAAGAAGAGGCCAAGAAGAAGGGAAAUGUGAUCAACAAUGUUGGGUGGUGGUUUAAACCAUGGUUCUACCAGCAUGCAGAGAAGGCGCUAAAGAAAGGGGAGUUUGUUGAGUAUAUUCCAACAAGAGAAUAUUACCACAGACACACUAGGUGUUUGUAUUGGGAGGGAAAGCUUAUUCUUCCUUUUGGAGAUCAAUGGUGGUUUAGGUUUCUCUUUGGCUGGUUGAUGCCACCCAAGGUUUCUCUUCUCAAGGCUACUCAAGGUGAAGCCAUAAGAAACUAUUAUCACGAGAUGCAUGUUAUUCAGGAUAUGCUUGUUCCUUUGUACAAGGUUGGGGAUGCUCUAGAGUGGGUUGAUCGUGAGAUGGAGGUAUACCCCAUCUGGCUCUGCCCUCAUAGAUUGUACAAACUGCCAAUGAAAACUAUGGUGUACCCUGAACCAGGAUUUGAGCUACACCGCAGGCAGGGAGACACAUCUUAUGCUCAAAUGUACACUGAUGUUGGGGUGUACUACUCUCCAGGACCUGUCUUAAGGGGUGAGGUUUUUGAUGGCAUAGGGGCCGUUCGCAGGAUGGAAGAUUGGUUGAUUGAGAACCACGGAUUCCAGCCACAGUAUGCAGUGUCUGAGCUUGACGAGAAAAACUUCUGGAGGAUGUUUGAUGCUGGCCUCUACGAGCAUGCCAGGAGGAAGUAUGGAGCCGUCGGAACCUUCAUGAGUGUGUACUACAAGUCGAAGAAGGGUAGGAAGACUGAGAAGGAGGUGCAGGAAGCUGAGCAAGCCCAACUUGAUACUGCCUAUGCCGAGGUCGAUCAACCAGCAGACUGAUUACAUAACUCAGUAUGGUUAAACAAUUGGGAGUUUCUUGCAAUAUUUUUCUCCCCUUAUUAUUUGUUUUGUUUUCAGGUUUGUCUUUGAACUUUAGUUUCUAAGCUAUUUGGAUAGGGUGGCUGCUGACUUUUAUUUAGUCCUUUGAGAUUUCUCUUUCAGACCAGAUUAGAAUUUGAUGUUUCAACUAGUUAUAUUAUUAGUCCUUUUAUUUA